AUGAAGAUGCUCGACGAGGCUAACUGCCUUUACUGGGCAACAAGCCUGUUGGCUUUAGUUUAUAACUUCGUCGACGACAAGCUUAUUCGAAGGCCCCUUGACUGUCCUCCCCCGGCAAUCCCCCGACUUCGAGUCGUCCACGCCGCUUUGGCCAUCCCCCAAGACAGCAGAGAGUUGCGUAAUGCCGUUUAUCUUCUCGAGGAGAAGAUAAACGGUAACUUCGUGAAGUAUAUCAAUAACAAUAGUGCAGCUCCUCGGCACAAACUUGCUCCGCCUGAACUGGAGAUUGCAACCUUCCUAUGCUUCGCACAACACACUCAAUAUCAUUUCUCGCAAGGCCUUGUGUUCAUCUCAGAUUUUCAAGGGUCCGGUGGAAUAUUGACUGACUGCCAGGUUAUCACUACCAAAGACUUUGCCGAUAAUUUUGGCGAAGGAAACUGGACGGCGACGUUAGACAACUUCCCCUUGUUGCACAAAUGCAACCAGUAUUGUGUAUAUUUCGGACUCCCUUCCUUGCAGACAGCAAGUUCGGCUACAAAGAUGAGAACAUCACAAGAGAUUGACAUCAUGUCCAGUCGUGUUCGUGGCUGA